AUUUGAUUUGUCUAAAAGAUGUAGACGUAAUAGUCAGCAUAAACACACAUUUGACCGGCGAUUUAAUAGGGACGAACAAGAAGAUGUAUACAUCAUGUGGGUGUAACACUAACACAUGCUUUAUUAAUUACAUAUACAAAAAUUUAAUUUAGUUAGUUGGAGAUCUCAUACACACAACAAUAAUUAAAAUAAAAGUCAAACAGAUCUACUAUUUUCCUUUUCAUAUCACAAAGCAAACUUGUCCUACUACUUAAAUCAACACCAUCACGAAGAAAGUUUCAAGAACUCACCUAAAACACAAACAAAGGAACUCCACUUUUUUUCCACACCACAUCACACCAUGUUUAGAGCCAUGAGCACAAGGAAAAUCCAUGGUGGCUACGAAAAGCUCGGCGAUGAAGAAGCGAGACUGAAGAGGGUCUCUAGCGUUCCGGCUAGUGUUUAUGGUCAUUCAAGAAACCCGGUUCAAGAAGUGAAGAAGACACCGACAGCGAAACCAACCGGUGGUUCUGUUCAUCCUUUGUUUAGUUUCUUUGACGUUCAUUUUCAAAGAAAGAAGAAGAAUACGGCGAAGAAGAAGAGUUUAGCAACGGCGAAACCAGAGUUUGCUAGGUAUAUGGAGUAUGUGAGAGAAGGAGGUGUGUGGGAUCCGAGUUCUAACGCACCAGUGAUUCAUUACAGAUAGAUUCGUCAAGGAAAAUGAAUAAAAGAUUUGUAUAUCGUCUUUUUUUUCCAAAUAUAUAAUCUAUGAGAAAGCCAAACAAUCCUUGAUUCGAUUCGAAAAGAUGCAUCAAACAAUGUAUUAGUCAUUUUUGCACGAAUUGAUGAGUGUUUUGUACACUCUCAUGGAGAUUCCGUGAAGAAUAAGAUAAGUUCAAGGGUCUUGACUUUAAUAUAUGAUCAAAAAGUUGAUUUUGGUUUUCUUAUUUAAAAGGAUAUGUUAUAUGAACUGAAUCAAUUCGUAGUAGUUGCUAAUAUAGAAGCGGUCCCAGAGCUGAUAUCUUUGAAUCAUGUUCUAUAUUCUUCAUUU